AUGAGCGAGAAUUCUCCUGCGGCAAAUCGUCAGGGCUCCCAGUCGCGUCGCGAGAAGGCCCUCACCAAACCCCUCACAGUGCAUGUCAACGGCACAGGCUCAGCCUCGACUUCGCCGGAAGGAAGGAUCAGGAUCACUAGCACUCGUCAACCUGAUGCUGAUGGCCACAGGAUUCCUUCCGUGCUGAGGGCACCCCCUUCCCCCACGUCCCCUGUCAGAACCCCCCGCUCUUUGACGGCCCAUAACUUGCCUGAUCUAACGUUCGACGCCACGAGAACCUACCCCGUAGCCCCGAGCGGUGACGAACUCUUUGCCUCCUUCCCAGCUCCGUCUCCCCACGGUUCUUCCGUCCCUAUCAUUUCUUCUGGCCAAGGUCACACUCUCCCACCAUCUCAAGUUUUUAGAGGCGAGGAGCGAUCCUUCCUCGGUUCUCCACCAUCAUCCCCAAAUCAUCAUUCUGCCCCGCCUUCCCACUCCCAUUAA